AUGGACAAUGUUCAGUUACUCAAUCGUCUUUUUGAUGUUAUUGAACAAGAUAUUUUACCGAAGACUCGAGCUGGUGUCGCACAAGGUAACAAAAUCUUUGGUGCGGCCAUCCUCAAGAAGUCUGAUCUGUCCACUCUUGUCGCGGAAACUAAUAAUGAAAUAGAAAAUCCACUUUGGCAUGGCGAAGUCUACGCAAUUAAACAACUCUACACAAUGAAUGAUCGCUUGAAUCUGCCGAAUCCAAAAGACUGUAUUUUUCUCACGACACAUGAACCUUGUUCUCUUUGCCUUUCAGCCAUAACUUGGUGUGGUUAUGAUAAUUUUUAUUACCUAUUCAGUCACGAGGAUAGCCGUGAUGUCUUCAAUAUUCCACACGAUAUUAAAAUUUUUAAUGCGCUCUUUGGAGAUAGUGAGAAGAGUCGUCCACUCUACAAUCGCGUAAAUUCAUUUUGGCACAGCCACAACAUUUUAUAUAUGAUAGAAAGUCUCGAUCAUCGUAAUGAAGCUCGCGAAUCACUAGGCCGCCGCAUAAAUGAUGUGUCCAAGAUAUACGCCGAACUGUCGAAUGUAUAUCAAAAAAACAAGGGUGAAGCACGAAUUCCUUUGGCCUAA